AUGCUAAAUUAUUUAUUUGAAAGAAGCUUCAUUGAAAAUAUGCAUAAAAGUCACUAUUUAAUUCGAGAUAAUCUUCAAAAAAGAUUACUUCUAUCUUUUAAUUAUGGUUUUAUUAAUAUUAGACAUUAUACAGAUAUACCUAGAAGGAAAUUUAAUCAAACACCUUUGAACUUUUUUAAAAGACAAAAGCUUCCAAAGAAUACAAUAUUUAAAUUUGUACCUCAACAAGAAGCUUGGAUUGUAGAAAGAAUGGGGAAAUUUUCACGAGUCCUUGAACCAGGAUUGGCUAUUCUGGUCCCAUUUUUGGAUAGAAUCAAAUAUGUUAAGUCUCUAAAAGAAAUUGCUAUGGAGAUUCCUUCACAAUCAGCAAUAACUUUAGAUAAUGUAACAUUAGAACUAGACGGUGUAUUAUAUGUUAGAAUUUUGGAUCCAUACAAAGCAUGUUAUGGUGUAGAAGAUGCAGAAUAUGCAGUUGCUCAGUUAGCACAAACAACAAUGCGAUCAGAAAUUGGUCAAUUAGCACUUGAUCACGUGUUGAAAGAGCGUCAAAUGCUAAAUGUGAAUAUUACAGAAGCUAUUAAUGAAGCAGCUGCUGAUUGGGGGAUAAAAUGCCUAAGAUAUGAAAUUCGAGAUAUUCAUCCCCCUCAAAAUGUAUUAUUAGCAAUGCAUAGACAAGUAUCUGCUGAGCGUUCUAAAAGAGCAGAGAUCUUAGAAUCAGAAGGUCAAAGACAAUCUUGCAUCAAUAUUGCAGAAGGACAGAAACAAAGCCAAAUAUUAAAUAGCGAAGCCAUUAAACAAGAAAGUAUCAAUAAAGCAACAGGUGAAGCAGAAGCUAUUCUUUUAAAAGCAACUGCAACUGCUAAAGGAAUUUCUGCAAUUGCAUCAGUCCUUUCUGAAAAUCCUAUGGGAUUGGAUGCAGUUAAUCUCAGAAUUGCUGAAAAAUACGUAAAUGCAUUCGGAAAUAUAGCAAAAGAAAGUACAAGUAUUGUAGUUCCGGCAAAUUUAAAUGAUAUUAAUAGCAUGGUUGCCCAAGCACUGACGGUUAUUAAUAAAUUGAAUCAAAAUACACCACAAAAAAAAGAAAAAAGCCCAGCUCUACCUAAAACGCCACCUGUUUUAAAGAUAGCUGGUUCUGAGGAAAAGGAAAAAAAGUCAUAA